UCGCGAUUUGUAGUGACAUUAAUAUAAAAGAAGGCGUUUACAAUUAUUUUAUUAAUAUUAUUAUUAUAUAUGUAUUAUAUAGAAUAGUAAUUAAUACGGAAACACUUAAGAUUCAAUAUCUAAAAAAUAAAUGCCUGUGAAACCAUAAACAACAAAGUGCAAUGUCUUACCCUGGACGUCCUCCUUUAGUGCAAGGUUUGCCAAUGCCAUCCGGUAUGGCUUACAUGCAGAUGUCUGGGCCACCACCUCCACUGAUGCCAGCAGUUAUGCCCAUCCAACAUAUGGUACCUAUGCAGGUUACGACUGCUCCACAGAUUAGGGCAUUCCCAAAACUCAAUCCAAAUCGUGACCAAUUCAAGCAGAUCCAGGGUCCCCCUGUCACAGUUUUUGUGGGAAACAUCACUGAGAAAGCUCCGGACACAAUGGUGAGACAAAUCCUAGCGACGUGCGGUCCGGUGAUUAGUUGGAAACGCGUUAAAGGUUUCGGAUUUUGUGAAUUGGCAGGGCCGGAUGCGGGAUUGCGUGCUGUGAGAAUUUUGCACGACCUGAUGGUCGGUGAGAAGAGACUUGUCGCGAAAGUCGAUUCUAAAACUAAGGCUGUUCUAGAUAAAUAUAAAGCUGAAAAACGGCAAAAGGAAAAAGGAUCUGGUUCUCCUCUGCAGGACGAGUUGGAAGAGGAGGAACCCCUGGACGACGAGACUAAAAUGUUAGACAACGGGGCGCUGGACCGAAUCAAACAAUUGCUCAUCGAAUAUAAGGAUGAGAUGAAUAACUUUGAGUUGAAGAAAGAAGAAGAAGUUCUAGAGAAAAGAAAUAAAAUAUUAGAUGAGGCUGAUGUGGAGGAAGAGAAAAGAGACCUUAUAACAAGGGAGAUUGGCAAAUUUCGUGAAAUCAUGAAGAAACAAGAAGAGGAACGUGAGGUGAGCCGCAAGAAGGACAAGGAAAAGGAUGGUGGAGGACGCGAAAGGAAAGACCGGUCGCAAACGCACUCUCCGAGUCCUAGAAGACGCGAUAAGGACGAGAAGAAGAGGAGACGGUCACGAUCACGUUCUAGGGAUAGGGUUGAUCGCGACAGGAGCCGUGAAAGGGAUCGCGAUGUUCGUGAUAGAGAUAGAGAACGCGAGAGGGAGAGGGACAGAGAUAGGGAGAUGCGUGAGAGGGAGCGAGAGUUGCGCGAGAGGGACAGGGAUAGGGAUCGCGACAGGGAAAGAGACGAGAAGUCGAAGAGCACCAAGGAGUUGCUGAAAGAGAAGGAGAUGGAGGAGGAGGCAAAGGAGAAGAAGAAAGCCGAGCGUAGGGCGCGCGAGAAGGAGGCCUCCUAUCAAGAGCGCUUAAGAGGUUGGGAGGCGAGGGAACGAAGAAAAGCCAAGGAUUACGAGAAGGAGCAUGAGAAGGACAGAAUACGCGAGGAGGAAAGGGAAAAGGACGCUAAGCGACUCAAGGAGUUUCUGGAGGAUUACGAUGACGAGCGCGAUGAUAUCAAGUACUAUAAGGGCCGUGAAUUGCAGAAGCGACUCGCCGAGAGGGUCAAAGAGGCCGAAUCGGAUGGAAGGGACAGGACUAAGGAGAAGGAGGAAAUUGACGAACUUAAGAAUAAAAUAUUCUCCGGUGAAUUUGCCGAUCCCAACGCGGAAUUUGAAAGGAUUAAGAAGGAGAGGGAGGAGCAAUAUAAACCUAAGCUUCUGAUAGAUGUAAAUCUGGAGCAUUGGAAGCAGAAGGAGAAAGAGAAGGAACGCGAGAUCGAACGUCAAAGGCAAAGGGACAGGGAACGAGAUAGAGAGAAUGAACGAGAGAAGGAUAGACAACGACAACGGGAGGAGAGGGAGAAGUACGUUGUGCAGCAAGCAGCUCAAGAGUUGGCAGCCGUCGAAGCAGAGCCAAUAGACAGCGACAGCGAUAUGGACAACGAUCACUUCAGCCCGGCCCCGCCCGAGGAUACCAGCAAUGAUGGACAAGCAGGAUCCGCACAGGUCCAGACGGUGGACGAGGAUUCACGUCAUUCGUUAACAUCCAAUCACGAGGAGGAACCACCCCAGACUUAUCCGACCAUGAAGAUGACCCUGUGCAAACCGAUCGUCUUCAGUCCGCACGGCCAGACUCGGGACACCAAGAGGAAAAAGUUGGAUCUGCGCGAGGUUUUCAAUCCGGACGACGACGAUACCAACACUCAGGUCAAAAAAUUACGAAAAUUAGUUCCUUUAGACUAUAACGAAGAUAAGAAGGGCAAUAAAAAGGAUAAGGAGAACGGCGAGAAGAAGUCGGACGAGUCGCUGAAAUCGCAAGAGGAGAAGAGGAAGCACAUCAAGUCGCUCAUCGAGAAAAUCCCUACAGAGAAGGACGCGCUCUUUGCAUAUCAACUGGACUGGUCAGCAAUUGACAAUGGUCUGAUGGAAAGGAAGAUUCGGCCAUGGAUCAACAAAAAGAUCAUUGAAUAUAUCGGCGAACCUGAGCCCACGUUGGUAGACUUUAUUUGCUCUAAAGUGAUGGCCGGCUCGCAGCCACAAAUUAUUUUAGAAGAUGUACAAAUGGUAUUAGACGAGGAAGCGGAAGUUUUCGUUGUGAAAAUGUGGAGAUUACUUAUUUAUGAAGUGGAAGCGAAAAAGUUAGGUUUAGUGAAAUAAUAUUUUUUGUUUGCCAAACAAACCUCCUUUUAUUUUUAUGUUAUAAUAAAAAUAUUAUUUAAAAUUCGAAUUCAUUUUUCACUCUUUAAUUAUUUAUUAAUUGAUUUGGAAAAUAAACUUGCAGACAGAGAAAGAAGGAUGAUAAUAAUAAUAAUUAGUAAAGACAGACAGACA